AUGGCUUCGAAUAAUGGCAAGAUCAAAAGCCAAGAAACAGGUCCUGAACUACCGGAACCUCAUGAACCUCUUGUCACCUUUCAUAAGUUUAAUAUUCGGAUUUACAAUGAACUGCAAAUGUACUUGUUGGAUAGUCAUUGUUAUUCAAAAGACGAUGAUUUGGGGACGAAAGUGUUGUACCCAAAUGAUGAACAAAGUUGGUCAUUCAGAGGGAAUUGGUUGGGAACUACAAAUUUCCAUUGCAAAUUGGAGUGGGAAAAUGGAUAUUUGGAAUUUGAUGCUUUUUCUAAUGAUGUAAAGUUUUUGACGAAUUUCUGUGCAAAAUCGUCAUGUUGUUGGAGUGCAAGACAAGAUGGGGUUUAUUUGACCAAUCAAAAUGGUCAAGUUGUUUUCAACCAGAAUUGGGAAAUGAUUAGAACAUGA